CACUACCAACGCAGGCCGCCCCGCCCCGCCCGUCGCAGCUGUGACGACAGUGCCGCGCGCCGGGUUGCGAGAGUUGGCGCGAAGGUGGGAGGUAUGGACCCGGAGCUGUCCCGCUAGAGAGAUCAACCGCCGCCAGCAGCAUGGAUAUCCGGAAAUUCUUCGAUGUUGUAACUCCUGGAAGGCGACAGGAAUGUGAGACAGUGAAAAAGAGUGCAAACAUUAAAAAUGGUGAAGGACCCUCAUGGGGGAAGAAAAGGGAAAAGGAGACCAAGGUGAAUAAUUCACCCUUUGAAGAGGAUGAUUCCAAACAAAAGCGGCCAAAAAAGAAAAAGAGAAUAAUCUACGAUUCAGAUUCAGAAGAGGAGGUGCAGUCAGUGAAAAAAUCCAAGAAGGAAUCUGAGAAAAAAGCAGCUACUUCAAAACCUGAUAAAGUUCUAAAGCAGAAUCCUGUUGUUUAUAUUUCAGAGACAGAUGAAGAAGAUGACUUUGUCAAUAAAAAAAUUUCUCUGAAACCAAAGGAGAAUGGGACAUCAGCAAUCAAUUGUCCAGGAACAGCUACAGUGAAAAAGGAAGAUGUAAAACCACGAGCUAAAAGCAAACCAUUAUCUCCAGUGAAACAGACUCCCACCUCAGCACUUGAUUACUUUGGGACAAGUAGUGUCCAGCGAUCAGAAAAGAAACUGGUAGCAAGUAAAAGGAAAGAACCCUCACAGAGCAGAGACAGUACACUAAAUGAUGAGGCCAUUGCUAGGCAACUGCAGCUUGAAGAAGACUCUGAGCUGGAGAGGCAGCUGCAUGAAGAUGAAGAAUUUGCCAGAACUUUGGCCAUGUUGGAUGAACCACCGCAGAAGAGAAAGGCUCGGAAAGAUUCAGGAGGAGAGCAAACAGUGUUGAGCAUCAAGAGCAGUCCUAAUGUGAAAGAAAAAUAUAAGCAAUCAGAAAGAGUGAAAGCAACAACCUCACCGGGUGAAGCAGAAAAUUACGCUGUGAAGCGUAAUUCAGAAGGCUCUCAUUUAUCCCCACAGUCAUCUGAUGGUAGAACAGCAAGAGAACUGACAGAUAAGACCUUGCCUUUGAAACCUAGCUCUAGGCUUGCGUCUCUGAAACAAAAAGAAGAGAUGGCUGAAAAGGAAAAAGGUGCUCAAAGUUUAACAUCAAAAGAAAAAACUGCUUCCAGGAAAGAAGAGAAGACAACACCAAAGAAGGAAAAAAUUUCUCCCAAGAAGGCUGAGUCUGUAAGUCCUGAGGACUCUGAAAAGAAGCGAAUCAAUUACCAAGCCUACCGAAGCUUCCUUAAUCGUGAGGGUCCAAGAGCGCUGGGUUCCAAAGAGAUACCCCAGGGAGCUGAAAACUGCUUGGAAGGCCUGACAUUCGUAAUUACAGGUGUUCUGGAGUGUAUUGAGAGAGAUGAGGCCAAGUCUCUGAUUGAACGUUAUGGUGGAAAAGUCACCGGAAAUGUCAGCAAGAAGACAAACUAUCUGGUUAUGGGGCGAGACUGCGGCCAAUCUAAAUGUGAAAAGGCAUCAGCAUUAGGGACAAAAAUUGUUGAUGAGGACGGCCUGUUUGAUCUCAUUCGAACCAUGCCAGGCAAGAAGUCCAAAUAUGAGCUGGCAGCUGAAACAGAGGCAAAGAAAGCGGAGUCAAGACUUAAAAGGACACCACAGAAAGCUGACGCUCGGAAAAGGAAUUUUAGCCCCAUCAAAAGGGAAGCUGAUAAUAAAAAAUACAAGUCAACUCCUGAAAAAGGAGAUACUGUCAAAUCUGCCAGGAGAGAAACCACUGCUGUGCAAAAACUUACAGACUUUAAAAGGCAGACUGAAGAAAAGAAAGAAGCCUCCUGUCUGAAGGGGAACUUGGCUUCUGAGGUUAAUGAAGAUGGAACAGAGAGAUUGCUAUGGGUGGAUAAAUACAAGCCUGUAUCUCUUAAGGCAGUAAUUGGACAGCAGGGUGAGCAAAGCUGUGCCAAUAAACUGCUCCGAUGGCUCAGAAACUGGCACAAGAAUACCUUGGAGGAUGGACAAGCGAAGAACAGUAAAACUGGAGGCAAAGAUGAUGGUACUGGUUUUAAAGCAGCAUUACUUUCUGGUCCACCUGGAGUUGGUAAAACUACUACAGCUUCUUUGGUUUGUAAGGAGCUGGGGUAUAGCUAUGUGGAGCUGAAUGCCAGUGACACUCGCAGUAAGAACAGUCUGAAGGAAGUAGUUGCUGAAUCCCUUAACAACACCAGCAUCAAAGACUUCUAUUCUGGCACAUCUGCAUCAGUUAGCGGGAAACAUGUAUUGAUCAUGGAUGAAGUGGAUGGUAUGGCAGGCAAUGAAGACAGAGGAGGGAUUCAGGAGUUGAUCGGUUUGAUUAGACACACAAAGGUCCCCAUCAUCUGUAUGUGUAACGAUCGCAACCAUCCUAAGAUGCGUUCCUUGGUCCACUACUGUUUUGAUCUUCGUUUUCAGAGACCUCGUCUAGAACAGAUAAAGGGUGCCAUGAUGUCUAUAGCAUUUAAAGAAGGCUUAAAAAUUCCACCACCUGCUAUGCAAGAGAUAAUCCUGGCAGCAAAUCAGGACAUCAGACAGGUUUUACAUAACCUUAAUAUGUGGUGUGCAAAAGAUAAAUCAUUGACUUACGAUGAGGCUAAAACUGAUGCCAGCAGAGCCAGGAAGGAUAUCAAACUGGGCCCUUUUGACGUUGUCCGGAAGGUUUUUGCUGCUGGAGGUGAGGCUUCUUGUAUGUCUCUCAUAGACAAAUUGGAUCUUUUCUUCCACGAUUAUUCCCUAGCACCUCUCUUUGUCCAAGAGAACUACGUACAUGUGAAACCGGCUGCUGCGGGAGGAAAUCUGAAAAAGCACUUGGUGCUCUUGAGUAAAGCAGCUGAUAGUAUCUGUGAUGGUGAUAUAGUGGACAGACAGAUUCGUAGCAAGCAAAACUGGAAUCUUCUACCAACACAGGCUAUUUAUGCCAGUGUUCUCCCAGGGGAGCUGAUGAGAGGUUCCAUGUCCCAGUUUCCUGUCUUUCCCAGCUGGCUGGGGAAGUUUUCAUCCACGGGUAAACAUGAUCGUAUCAUUCAAGAACUGGGAAUGCACAUGAGUCUCAGAACCCAGGCAUGCAAGAGGACAGUAAACAUGGAGUAUUUGUCGUGCUUGCGGGAUGCGCUUGUCCAGCCCUUGAAAGACUUUGGAGCAGAUGGUGUACAGCAAGCUAUAACCUUCAUGGACUCUUACUGCUUGAUGAAAGAAGAUGUUGACAAUAUCAUGGAAAUAAGCAUGUGGGGAGGCAAACCCAGUGCUUUCUCAAAGCUGGAUCCCAAGGUCAAAGCAGCUUUUACACGUGCUUACAACAGAGAGGCGCAUCUGACUCCAUAUUCGCUUAAUUCUGUCAAGAUCUCUAGAAGGCAGUCAGGAUCUGUGUCCACCUUAGAAAUGAACGAAGACUUUAAUGUGGAAGAGAUCCAAUCUGAUGAGGAGGAGCAAGAUACAGUUGACAGUGACGCAAUGAUUAAGCAAAAAAAGGUGAAGUCAUCUUCCAAGCUGCCAAAAAAAGAGAAAAAUGAAGAAAUGACAAAAAAAGAAGGGAAAAGAAAAGAGAAAACAAGACAUUAAACAGUAAAAAAUCUUGCUCUGGAUGCA